AUGACUCUCAGUACUGUAGAUAUAGUAUGUGGCCGUGAGGUAACGGGAAAGUCCCGCAUUCCCUACAAGGUUAUCCAAGGCACUCAAGAGUACGUCAAAUACUUCAUACAAAAUGGAACAGCAAGUGAAAUCAUUGACCUCCGAUCAGACGCAGAAUGCUCGAAAACGUUCACCUACGACGCAUUUGAAAAAGACUUUGGCGGGAUKAAAUUUCAACCCAAUGAAGAACUUUGUGGGCAAGUGGAUACUGGUGUAGGACUUGUGCAAUCAUUCAAAAGAGCUGACCCAAACAAUAGUUCAUUAGCASUUGAGCCAAAAACAUUUGAGGCAAUGGAGGAAGCAUCUUUGACAGUGACGCUUAGAACAUAUAAAGGUGAACUAUUUUACCCCUCAUUGGAUAAAGUGACAAUAGACUUCAUCCCUGUAGAUGACGUCAAUGUAGGAGAGAAACGAGUGAUGCCUGAUGGUCAGAUCAAAGUAACCUUUACUCCACGUGUUCCUGGUCAGUUGACAGCUGAGGUUCAAGURCAUGGAAAUCCUGUAUCCAACAGUCCACUAGUGAUGGAUGUCAAUCCACAAAACUUAAAAGAAGUAAAUACAGAAAUUUCAGUUUUCUUGAAUACAAUAUCAAGGAGGUUUGCAUUUGUUGCUGUCAAUACAUCAAACACCAAGAUUGCAUUUGCAGACUGGGGAGCAAGUUGUAUCAGAGUUUUCAACAUGGAUGGGGAUUUGUUACUGUCAUAUGGUAGUARAGGCAGUGGACRAGAACAGUUACAGAAUCCAGCUGGUUUAGCMUUUCUAAAUGAAACAGAUCUGGUCAUAGCUGAUUGCYAUAAUCAUAGAAUAUGCAUAGUGGRCACAACCUCCRGUAAGCUUGUUGGUACCUUUGGUUGCUAUGGAGAUAWGAACGGACAUCUUGAUAAACCCAUGGGACUACACAUUGGUAGUGAUUCUAGCAUUAUUGUAUGUGCUAAGAACCGUGUUCAAGUGUUUACAAAGACCGGUGACCAUCUCUAUCAGAUUGCAAUACCUGGUAGACAAGGAAGACCAUUUGAUGUAGUUACACACAAUGGACUGUUGUACAUCAGUACGGGAUCAGURGUACACGUGAUUGAGGUGAAAGACAACCAGUCACCAACUAUUGUAAACACUAUUGGUGGGGAGGACUACACAGAUGGUCGGYUACAAAAACCUUUGGGUCUGGCUAUUGACAWUGMMAAYAAUCUUAUGGUUUGUGAUCAUMAAUCAAAGRWARUCUACAAGUUUACAUUGGAUGGUCGUUWUGUAGGAAAGACAGUUAAACUAGACUUCAAACCUUGCUUYGUAGCWGCACUGAAUGAUUGUCUGAUUUGUACUACUGAAGAACGAAAUGGUGUACAUUUUUUUAAGUAG